AUGGGUGAUGGCCAGAGGCUCGGCAGCGACGGCACCGCCGGGGCUCCCAGCCAGCAGAACGCCGCGAAAACAAAGAGCGCUUCAAUGGAGUCUGAAGCUCAACUCCAUACUCCUCCUCCUCCUCUUCUUCCUCCUCCUCCUCCUCCUCCUCCUCCUCUUCCUCCUCCUCUUCCUCCUCCUCCUCUUCCUCCUCCUCUUCCUCCUCCUCUUCUUCCUCCUCCUCCUCCUCCUCCUCCUCCUCCUCCUCCUCCUCCUCUUCUUCCUCCUCCUCCUCCUCCUCCUCCUCCUCCUCCUCCUUCUCCUCCUCCUCCUCCUCCUCUUCUUCCUCCUCCUCUUCCUCCUCCUCCUUCUCCUCCUCUCCCUCCUCCUCCUCCUCCUCCUCCUCCUCCUCCUCCUCCUUCUCCUCCUCCUCCUCCUCUUCUUCCUCCUCCUCUUCCUCCCCCUCCUCCUCCUCCUCCUCCUCCUCCUCCUCUUCUUCCUCCUCCUCCUCCUCCUCCUCCUCCUUCUCCUCCUCUCCCUCCUCCUCCUCCUCCUCCUCUUCUUCCUCCUCCUCCUCCUCCUCCUCCUCCUUCUCCUCCUCUCCCUCCUCCUCCUCCUCCUCCUCUUCUUCCUCCUCCUCCUCCUCCUCCUCCUCCUCCUCCUCCUCUUCCUCCUCCUCUUCUUCCUCCUCCUCCUCCUCCUCCUCCUCCUCCUCCUCCUCCUCCUCUUCUUCCUCCUCCUCCUCCUCCUCCUCCUCCUCCUCCUCCUCCUCCUCCUCCUUCUCCUCCUCCUCCUCCUCUUCUUCCUCCUCCUCUCCCUCCUCCUCCUCCUCCUCCUCUUCUUCCUCCUCCUCCUCCUCCUCCUCCUCCUCCUCCUCCUCCUCUUCUUCCUCCUCCUCCUCCUCCUCCUCCUCCUCCUCCUCCUCCUCCUCCUCCUCCUUCUCCUCCUCCUCCUCCUCUUCUUCCUCCUCCUCCUCCUCCUCCUCCUCCUCCUCCUCCUCCUCCUCCUCCUCCUUCUCCUCCUCCUCCUCCUCUUCUUCCUCCUCCUCCUCCUCCUCCUCCUCCUCCUCCUCCUCCUCCUCCUCCUCCUCCUUCUCCUCCUCCUCCUCCUCUUCUUCCUCCUCCUCUUCCUCCCCCUCCUCCUCCUCCUCCUCCUCCUCCUCCUCUUCUUCCUCCUCCUCCUCCUCCUCUCCCUCCUCCUCCUCCUCUCCCUCCUCCUCCUCCUCCUCCUCUCCCUCCUCCUCCUCCUCUCCCUCCUCCUCCUCCUCCUCCUCUUCUUCCUCCUCCUCCUCCUCCUCCUCCUCCUCCUCCUGAUGCUGAGACGGGUCCUGAUGAGCUCUUCAGAAUCCUUCUGCUCUCCACGGACCUGGAUCACGGCCUGGCUCUGAGCCCGUGGGCCCUGGUGAGACACGGAGACAUGUCUCCGGGGACUCCAGGUCCUCCCUGCAGGCCACAGCGGGGGACUCCUCACAGCACACCUCCUCCAGAGGUCUGCCCCUCCUCCGUUCAGUUCAUGCUGUGGGGGGAGCCAGAGGAGCAGAAGGUCUGGGCUGUCCUGGUGGGACGGAGCCCCAGAAGCCCCCAGGAGCCCCCAGGCCCCCCCAGGACCCCCCAGGAGCCCCAGAAGCCCCCAGGAGCCCCAGGAGCCCCCAAGAGCCCCAGGAGCUCCCAGGGGCCCCAGGACCCCCCAGGGGCCCCAGCAGCCCCCAGGAGCCCCAGGAGCUCCCAGGAGCCCCCAGGAGCCCCCAGGAGCCCCCAGGAGCCCCAGGACCCCCCAGGGGCCCCAGCAGCCCCCAGGAGCCCCAGGAGCUCCCAGGAGCCCCCAGGAGCCCCCAGGAGCCCCCAGGAGCCCCAGGAGCCCCCAGGAGCCUCCAGGAGCCUCCAGGAGCCCCAGGAGCCCCCAGGAGCCUCCAGGAGCCCCCAGGAGCCCCAGGAGCCCCCAGGAGCCCCCAGGAGCCUCCAGGACCCCCAGGAGCCCCCAGGAGCCCCCAGGAGCCCCCAGGAGCCCCCCGGAGCCCCAGGAGCCCCCAGGAGCCCCCCGGAGCCCCAGGAGCCCCCAGGAGCCUCCAGGAGCCCCCAGGAGCCCCCAGGAGCCUCCAGGAGCCCCCAGGAGCCCCCAGGAGCCUCCAGGAGCCCCCAGGAGCCCCAGGAGCCCCCAAGACCUCCGGAGCCCCAGGAGCUCCCAGAACCUCAGGAGCCCCCAGGAGCCUCAGGACCCCCCAGAAGCCCCAGGAGCCCCAGGACCUCAGGAGCCCCCAGGACCUCAGGAGCCCCCAGGAGCCCCCAGGAGCCCCUGGAGCCCCCGGAGCCCCUGGAGCCCCAGGAGCCCCAGGAGCCCCAGGACCUCAGGAGCCCCCAGGAGCCUCAGGACCCCCCAGAAGCCCCAGGAGCCCCAGGACCUCAGGAGCCCCCAGGACCUCAGGAGCCCCCAGGAGCCCCCAGGAGCCCCUGGAGCCCCCGGAGCCCCUGGAGCCCCCGGAGCCCCAGGAGCCCCAGGAGCCCCCAGGAGCCCCAGGAGCCCCAGGACCUCAGGAGCCCCCAGGAGCCCCAGGAGCCCCAGGACCUCAGGAGCCCCAGGAGCCCCAGGAGCCCCAGGAGCCAGCUGGCUGCAGACAUGGCGGCGUUCAGGGAGGCUUCCUGA